ACUAUAUUAGAAUUUUAGAAACAUAAACAUCAACUUUUUCCAGAGAGAGAAGAAAAGGAAGAAAGACUACAAAAGUAGUUCUCUCUUCUUGGAUCUCUCAAUACAUCUAACAUUGGAAAUUAACAACAACAAAAAAAACAAAUAAAUAAAACUAUAUCAUAUCUUUUAUCAUCAUUGAUUCUCCCUCUUGAAAUCUAAUCAAUUGUGGACAUAGGAUGGAUCAUGUCCGGGCAUUUUCAUCUCCCCAAUUAACUCCAAAUAACAAUGGACAACCAGAACUUGGCCUUGCCACAAAUGUUAGAUUAUUGUUGAAACUAAUUCAAGAUCAUAACGGGGCUACCACGAAGGAAAACGAUGAGAGGAAGUUUCAUAGGGUGAAUGGUAUGAUGUUUCUCUUAGAUGAGGUUAGGACAAGGGUUCAAAAAGUUCAAACUUCUACCAAGAAAAGAGCUGAACUUAGGAGGUGUAACACUGACCUUAGGCCAAACAUUCCAAAGGACAAAAAAGCUCCUGAUGCACCUGCAGAUGACAAAGAAAGACUAAAGAAAGAGCUAACCGCGAGCUUGGUGGCGAGACAGAGUCUUCAAGCGAUGUGUUCGAGUUUGGGAAAAGAAAAGCAAAUCAUGGCUUCUGAACUUUCUAGAAAGGCUCAAGAAUUGACAGAACUCGAGGAGCUUAUCGGGGAUCUAAAAGCUCAGAAUGACAUGUUGAUGGGGAAGUUGCAUGCAUGUAGCUCAGAGCAGAAGGAAAAGAAGAGUAAUAGUGGAGUUGAAAUGGAAGGGAACAUAGUCCUUCAAGAGCGUACCAAGGCUCUUUCUGAACAACUCUUAAAAUCCAUUGAUGGUUACAGGUCUUUGAAGAGGAAAGUAAAAGACAUGCAAGAGGAAAAAGGGGAAACGCAUGCUACAAUUGAGAAAAUGGGGUUAGAAGUUCAAUCAAGCAUUGACAGGAUUCAUGGCUUCAAGGAACAAAUGGUAACAACUACUCUAGAAACAAGUGAUGUCAAAGAGGAAUUCUCAGCUUUAGAGCAUAUGCUUGAAUCUCUUAGCAUGAAAAUAUCAAAACUUACAGAGAAGAAAAUUUAAUAUGUUUAGCCAAAAGCUCAAUCUGUGAGUGGAAGAGGCAAAGGUGUGAAGCGUGGUUUACAGGGGAAGAUAAUGGACACUAUGAAAGCAUCAUCCUUGUACAGCAGGCCAUUAUUCACUUGUAGCCCACUUUGUCUAUUUUCACUGUCUAGAUAGCAUACUCUUAGACCAUGAGCAGAAAGGGAGCCAUUAGCCUACAAACUUGACCGUAGAAUAAUGGUCAGAAGAGAAUAGGGAUGUCGACUUAUCUGAAAUUAGAUUUCUAAUGGUGUAAGACUUGCUUUAUAAAGCAGAUUCUUGUCCUCUGUGCAUGUCCAGUAUUGAAAUCUUGUUCCGCUCAA